AUGGACGACAUCGUGCAAUCAUCAAACCGCUUCGCGGAAGACCUACGGGCUCUGCUCGAUCGACGUCGAGCCUCCUUGCGCGCUCAAACCUCCGGCUUUCAUCGUGGCUCAACACUAUCCACAAGCCUGCUCGAUGGCCUUCUCUCUGAUGCUAGACUGCUCGAAGACGCUGCAUCAACCUUAAAAGGCGAUUAUAACGCCCAGCCGGGCUCACUGAAUGCCAUGCCACCGGAGAUAUUACAUCACAUCUUCACACUCGUCGCGGAGACUGAGCGUCCGAUACCUCCAUUCAAUCUCGCAAGACUCGCCGCACGUCAUUCAUAUGACCGUGAGCAUGGGACUGCUCCAGAUGAUGGCGACGAUGAACACGAGGAUGCCCUCGGCGAUGCGGAGGAGCCUUCUUGGAUGAGCGGAAGGGGCGGCAACCUCGGGUGGAUUUCGUUGGGCCAUGUUUGUCGACUGUGGCGAAACAUUUCGCUGUCUUUGUCGCAACUAUGGGCCAGAGACGUCGGAGCACUUCCCGGAGCACUGCGUACCAUGUUGGAUCGGGCCGGCGACGCGCGCCCGAUCACGCUACGUCUCUAUGGCGCGACCUUCCGUCGCGACGAUCCUGAGCAGGAGCUCUGGGACACUAUCGCACAGGAUGAAGGCGCGCUGUGUCAGCGCAUCUGCCAGUUACAUCUGGUUGAAAGCCGUAUAGGUCACGUCGAGGCUAUAUAUUUUCCUCGCCUUUCCCACUACACGUUCACCACUCUCGAUUCAUUGGUCAUAUCCGCCCAUGAGCUCCUCACUGAUUCAAUUCCAACCAUCGACACGCCUGUUCUACGUGUCGCAGACUUGACCAAUGUGAUCUGUCUCUUCACCUCGAAUGUCUUAAGUGAUCUAUCCAUUCGAGGGACCGAACCGCUGUACAACUCGAACGGCGACAGGUGGCAAAUACUUCCCCAUACCUUGUUCGCCCUUCUCGAAGCGCACAAACAUACUUUAUUACACCUGCAUCUCGACGUCGGGAUUAUCUUUGGCCAAGAUUCUCCUGACGAGCCGCUCAUCAAAUUCUCCAACCUUCGAUCACUGAACUAUCGAGGGAUCCUUGAAACUUCGCCCACUUCCAGAUGGGUCUACCUUAUGGCCCAUAUGAUGUAUCCUGCGUUCACAUCGGUGUAUGUGCGCACCGGCUCGAUCAUCCCUCUCUAUAUUGCGUCAAGAUUGGUGGCUCCCAUCAAGGCUAUGAUGCGACUGGAACCGACUACUCCGUUGGGGCUUUCAAUAGAGGAGCACAGUCCUUCAGAGACAUCCGCAGACGCGAGCCUUAUCUUGCGCUUCUACGCUCUGACUGAUGAGCUUGAACUGUAUACGGGACCUCCAGUAUGUGCCGAAAGUUUCACUUUCGGAGGCGGUGAUCUCCACCUUACCUUGCACAUCGAUCGCUUUCACGAACAUGUACGCCCACUGCUUGAGGCCCUCUCAGCGAGCAUCUCGGCGGAGAGCGUGAAGGCGCUGUCUUAUUUCAGCUCGUGCAGAACCUGCCGUGAUGACGCAGUCGGCAUUUUGCAGCGCUUCCCCUUCGUGAAAACCCUGCAUCUCGUGGAUCCCUGCAGCUGUGGCGCCGUCAUGCACUCUUUGCACCAACCGGGGCUCGACGGCCCUCGCGUACCGAAGCUCGAGAGGCUCGUACUCUCUCAAAGGUCUCACGAUCAUGUCCUAUCGCUCAACCUCCUCGCUCAACAGCUUAGAGCGCGCUACGGUCACCCUAAUACGAUGGUCAAUCGAAUCGCAUAUGCGCCGCUCAAAGCGCUAUUGAUCGACCGCUCUGUCAUUGUAGCAGAUGAAGAGGGCUCGGACGAUGUAAUCCAUAGGAUUGCGAGCCGUGUGGAAUUAGUGCUGUGGAAAGGGAAGCGCAUACAGGUACGAUAG